AUGUCCCAAGCUCCCUCUCUAUUAAAACACUUAAACCACCUCAUCAUCAUCUCUCAAUCAUCCAUCUCAUCUCAUCUCCCACUUUAUUAUUAUCAUCAACUCUCUGCAAAUUUCGCACUCUCACUCUCUCAUCUCCAUUAAAAAGGAUAUGGUACAAUCAAAGAAAUUCAGAGGCGUCAGGCAACGACAGUGGGGCUCCUGGGUAUCCGAAAUUCGCCACCCUUUACUGAAGAGGAGGAUAUGGCUAGGCACGUUUGAGACAGCUGAGGCAGCAGCAAGAGCUUAUGACCAAGCAGCUAUACUCAUGAAUGGCCAAAAUGCCAAGACCAAUUUCCCUAGAAGUGACCUGGAAGAAACAGGAAAUGAUCAUAAUCAAUGCAAUACUGAUCAGUAUCCAUUGCCUCCCAAGGCUCUCUCUGAGCUGCUCAACACCAAGCUUCGCAAGUGUUGCAAAGACCCUUCUCCUGCUUCUCUCACUUGUUUAAGGCUUGACAACGACAAUUCUCACAUUGGAGUGUGGCAAAAGGGAGCUGGUUCUCAUUCCAGAUCGAAUUGGGUCAUGAAGGUGGAGCUUGGAAACAAGAAAACACAAGUGGUGGAUGAUGGAUUUUCACUGUCAUCAUCAUCGUCAUCGGCAGUUCAUGAGAUGGAGCCUGCACAUGGUCUUGAUGAUGAACAGGAUAUAAUUGCAACACAAAUGAUAGAAGAACUACUUAAUUGGAAUUGACCGCCUGUAAGUCUCUAUCUAAACUCAUCUUCAGGUGGGCAAUUAGCUAGAGCUGCAGGUGCUGCAGCGAAACUGAUUGUAAAACUACCUUCAGAUUAACGAAUGAAUCCAUUACCUUAGACAUCUUCAGGAACUUAAUAUAGCAGGAAAUCGAUCCAUAUAUAUAUCUAUAGAUAUAUAGUUUACCUGAUAUUAGUGUCAGCUAGAUGUAUAUUUUUCCUGAUGGGCAUCAUAUUGUAGAAGAGCCAUCAGGAAUUAUAUUUACAGACAUGGUGUGCUCU